UCGCCUUGUCACGUGGUCUUUUUGGCGCGAGAUUCCGCACCGCUCGUAUUACGCACUGAUCGCGCACGAGAAUGUAAACAUCAGAAAGUCUGACAGGAUAUACUUUCGCUUUGGAUUCAUUUGAUAUUUUAGGAUCAGUUCGUUGCGGUGUUUCGCGAUGGCGGAUGUGUUGUCAGACGCCGGCGAUGUCAGUGGAGAUGAGGGGAGUCAGGAAGAUGUGAUGACCCCAGCGGAGCUCAUCUCCAAACUGCAGGAGGCUUGGCUUAAUGAGAAGUUUGCUCCAGAACUGUUGGAGAACAAGUCUGAGUUGGUGGAAUGUGUGAUGGAGCAGAUCACACAUAUGGAGGAAAAUCUCCAGAGAGUCAGAAAAGGUGAUGUGAAGGCCAGCAUGCACCGUAUGGAGAUCGAUCGCAUCCGCUUUGUUCUAAGCAGCUAUCUCCGCUCAAGACUGCAUAAGAUAGAAAAGUUUUUUCCUCACGUUUUGGAAAAGGAGAAGUCCCGUGCAGAUGGAGACCCUUCGUUUUUGUCUCCUGAAGAGUUCGCCUUCGCUAAAGAGUAUUUGGCAAACACAGAGGUGUACUUGCGUGCUGUGGCUUUAAAACACAUGCCCCCAAAUCUGCAGAGCAUUGACAUGCUGAAAGCUGUUCCUGAGCCAUGCCUGGACUCGUUCGUAUUCCUGAGAGUAAAAGAGACACAGGAGAACAUCCUCGUGGAACCUGAGACUGAUGAGCAGAAGGAAUAUGUUGUGGACUUGGAUGAAGGUUCCCAGCAUCUUAUGCGUUACCGUACUAUAGCACCUCUCGUGGCCAGCGGCGCAGUGCAACUUAUUUAGAACCUCCGGAACAGAAUGGACACUAGAGAGAAACCAGUGAUCUCUGUACUCGUUUUCCUCCUCUCCAUCUAAAUGUCUGUCUGGCUGAAUCACAGUGUUGCUGGUCAGAUAACUUUAAUGUCAUUUGGACUCUGACCAUGUCCAUAUGUCUCACUCAAAAACAGUUAUCUUAAAAUUCACAUACAAAACAGACAUUUAGGAGUCUCAUUAUAAUUCUCGGAAAUCAGGAAAAAAGAACUAGUCAAGAAAACCACACAUUUUAAAUGCAUUCUGACAAAUGAAUAUAAAAAACAGUAUGGUAUCAAAGAAUGAAAUAUGUAAAACAAUUUACACUAUACCUUUAUGAAUCUUUUUUUUCAACUUGUUUGUCAUUUUGUCACAUAUUGAUUGCAGUGUUAUUGCAGUGUGAUUGCUGAGAACUUGCCUCCGAAACGGAAGCUGCAGUUUUCUUUGUAAAUGGGAAGUUGUUGGUUGCAUUGUGGUUUUUAGAUCACAGGUCAUUAGGGUUGAGCUGGAAUAAAAUUUGUAUUUAUAUUA